CAUCGUUAGUGCGGCCCCGGUCUGGUUUGCAUUGCGAAGGCUUCGAUAUAUAAGAGUGGUCAAAGAUUCUUCGCAAGCCGGCCUCUAUCCUCAACCAUCUCCCUUUUUAUGUCAGAGCUUAUCUUACACUUUUCCGUACAAAGUACUCUCAGCGGGCAAUGAAUACCUCUAUAUGCGUCGGAGUCGCGUUUGCGUUUCUUUUCCUUAUCAUUUCGAAGAUCCGAAAGACCCUCUUGUCAAGAUGGGUCUCCACACCAAACAAUGAGGUGAACUGCAGUGACCUCAAGCCAUACCCGGCUCAACCCAUCAAAGGUCGAGAGAGGUACCGAGUGAUGAUGGACGUCCGGAGGUUAGACGUGGCAAACUGGCUCACUGUCGACAACAACUACAUGGAUGAGCAUGUUGUUCGGGGUCAAUUAUUGGAGAAGGAAAAGAGUAAAGUGCUGCAAUGCCUUCCAGAGUCAUACGACGCGUGCAUGGAAGCAUUGGAGGAGGUGGUCGACUUCCUUUGUCAACGGUUCUCGACCGUGUUCGAACGAAAGAAGUCCGGUAACGAGUGGACCAUCCAUAACAAGAUGACGGGUGAGACGUUUGUCGUUGGUGGAGAGAAUAAGAAAAUCGAUCCGCUCGAGGUUGCCGUGAGGUUGACGAUGGAGGAUCUGAGCAUCCUGAUGAAGAACGAAGACGACGAAUACUACCUAGCGGCCAGCGCAAGUCUAUUCCCGGUGGGAUGGACGGUGCAGGAACGUAUCGGGUGGACGAUUUCUAAACUUCACAAUCCUGUGCCUUUGUGGCACCAGCAAGUCGCUAACUCUGUCAGCAAAUUUCUUGCUCGUCUGACUCCAGAGUCCCCGAUGGAAAGAUCUAAUUACUUCGUCGAAGUAAAAAGACCCGACGAAGAACUGUUCGAUAUUCUCUAUCGCCCGACUUCGUUGUCCGAAGACAAUCCAGAUCCAUCCCCGCAGGACAUUGUGAUUCGACGUGAGCGUCAGACAUUCCGUCGAUUACCUCGUACGGGAACGAUUGUGUUUGGUGUCAAGACUUUCUUGACAACAUUGGAGGAACUGCCAAUGCAAGAGCUGCAAAAUCUCGCGAAGGAGAUCAAGAGUUGGCCCGAGUAUGUGGGAGAAUACAAGGGUCGGGAAAUUUGGGGACCAAAAGCACUCGAGUUCUGCGAAAAGAAAACUCGGAUGAUGGAAAAGCAGGAGGUCUAAUGAGAGGAAAGAAGAAAAAGAAGGAACGGAAUGAAGGCAGGCGCGGAAACAGCAUUGGUGGUAUUUUGCCUCUCACGCUUCACGCUUCACGCUUCGUAUCCCUUCGUUGCAUUUGGGCCAGCAAAUCGAUGGAGAGGGCGGCUGUCUGAUUAUUAUUUGCAAAAGUCACUGUCCUUAGCAUUGCAUCUGUACUUUUGAGCCUGUUUUGUUUUUUUUGUCUUGAUAUCCGUUCUUGGGCUGGCUGUCUGUCUAUCUGUCUGUCUAUCUGGUUGGUUGGCUGGUGGUUAUUUGUUCUGUUUUUGGCGGUUCUACUCAUUGGCAUGGUAGAGAUUGGGUGAUUUGUAUGAUUGAUGACGGUUAUAACACUGAACCAUAAUGAGGAUGACGUUUUUCAUGGAC